AUGACAACUUUCGAACAACUUUCAAUUGACUAUCCAUCGACACUGUCAUGUCCUUGUUCACAAAUCUCAAUUCCAUACAAUCGAUUUCUUGCUUUUAAUCCUGAAUAUCAUCAAGUUUGCUCCAGUGACUUUGUUCGUAAUGAAUGGAUUUCAUCUUUAUUCAAUGUGACAAUGACUAACAAUUAUCUACUCGAUUUUCGUCUAAUCGCUUCAUCACAAUUUCAAGUACUUGCCUUGCUUUGUCGUACGGCUAAUGCAACUGUUGUCGAUGCCAUCAAAGAGUUUACUUCAUCAGAAAUGAUCUCAAGAAGCGCAUUAUUUCGUGCUAAUUUUGACAUUCAAAUUGCAGCACUUGUCGAACAGCUACAAACGACAACAAGAGCAGAUAACAGUCGCAUUGAACAACUAUUCUCAUUGGUUCUGGCUCAAAAUCGACUAUUCUCGGCACUUCGAACCAACUUCUAUGUGGCUAACAUACCAGGCUCGAAUGGAUUUGCUACUUACUCGGCAAGCUAUGCGAACAUAUUCAAUGAAAUCAAUAUUAUAUCAACAUCAAACUAUCCAAAUGAUGCUUGUAGUUGCUCAGAUACGUUUGAUUGUAAAUUUCCGUCUGGCAUUUUCAAUUGGUCAGGACCAGGAUCGAUGAUAGCCGGUGACACUUUAUGGUCAUAUCCACCACCAUUAUUCUUUGUUAGUGGCAUGCAAGCUGGUUGUAUUCCACAAACUUCGUUGUUAUCCUCGACACUCGAAUGUUUCUUUAAUCAGACGUGUCUCAAUCUUGUAACAUCUUCUACAGAUGCUCUUGUUGGAGUUACUCCACUCAAUUUUACAAUCGGUUACUCUAGUUUUAAUCCAAAUACUUUGGUAAGCAACAUAUUCGAUCAAUUAAUGAUCGAGUCUUGGCACAAUACGACUGAUUUCGGAAGCUAUUUUGAAGUUUGUUCACCAACAGUAUGCACUUAUUCCUAUUCACAACGAUUCAAUGUUGUCUAUAUGAUAACAACUCUUGUUAGUCUCACUGGUGGACUCUGCGUUGCAAUGCAUAUUUUAUCGAGUUUCAUCAUUAAAUUUCUGAUUAAAAGAAAACGAUCAACAGUUACUGAAGAAGCUGAUGAAGCUGAUGAAGCGAAUGUAGGCAUUGAUCAAAAUAAGAUUACUGGAGCAACCAAUGCUGUACCAAGGUCACAGAAAAUCAAUGGUUCUUGGAGCCUUCGUUAUCAAUCGAAAGUGUAUUCAGAUGGCAACAAUAGUUGUUCAUGUGGUUCAUCAAGUUCGUGUACUAAACCGCAAGGAUUCUAUUGUAAUUCACCUAUGUGUCAUUACGGUACUUCAUUACCAAAUCUCACAAUUUCUGGUUUUAAAAUUGGCUGUUGUCCUAUCGAUUCAAUUCUUUUAUCAACACUGGAAUGCCUCUUUAAUCAAUCGUGUAUUCAGAUGCUGAUUGAUUGGCGUCUUUUUGGCUUCACUCAAGAUUAUUUGUCUAUUAAUUUGACCAAUAUCAAUGCUCUCAAUUCAUCCAUACAAAGCCAAUAUCUUUCAAAUACAUCACUCGAAACCAUCAUUUUACAAUUAUUUGUAGAAAAUUGGACGGAAACAGUUGACUAUGCUGCUCAUUAUUCUCAAUGUCAACCUAAAUCUUGUACCUAUACAUUCAUAGAGCAACGCCGACCCAUCUUUAUCAUUACAAAUGUUGUCGGUCUCUUAGGUGGACUCACAGUUAUUCUUCGUCUUCUUGUCCCACCGUGUGUCAAGACCAUUCGACACAUCUAUCACCAUCGUUACAAUCGUUCGGAAAGGAAAAUUGGUAAGGAAUCGAAUAAUUUCAAUAUAGAAAACAAUGAAUUUGCAAUUGCAGGUAUUCAUACUCAUUGGUCGUUUUCUUCGCUUAUUGCCAGCACUCGGCAAAGUCUUCUCACCAUAAAUGUUUAUGAAACAGAAUCAGCGAGUAAUAACCAGCUUUUAGCCAGUCGGAUCUAUCUCGUUCUAGUUAUUAUUUCAAUUACUAUUAUAUCACUCUUUAUCGGACUAUCUCAACAGACACAUUCAUUCACUGUUGACUCGCCAACCGAAACUCAAUUCGAAUAUCUUCAUUCUCAAUAUCCAGCUACACUAACAUGUCCUUGCUCACAAAUUGUCAUUCAGUAUAACAAAUUUCUAAAUGUCUCACCUGUGAUGCAUCAAGCUUGUUCCAGUCCAUUUGUUUCAUCUGGCUGGUCGACAUCGUUAUUCAGCAUGGGCUCUACUUGGACAGUCCCUGAUUGGUUCUUGCUUAGCAUCCAGUUUCGUUUACUAUCAUCGCUAUGUGAUCUUGCUAAGGACGUUGCCUAUCAAUCAGGAUUUGAUUUCAUUUCAAAUGAACUAGCCAAUGUCGAAACUCUACCAGUCACUUUAUUUCAAGCACAAGUUUCUUCGGCUAUUGCACUAUUAACUGAACAAACUCCAGCCAGAUUCCGUCGCACUCUUGCCUUUAUUAUUGAUGCAUGCCAAUCGAACCAGUUGCAAGAUCAGUUCAUGUCAAGUUGGAAAAUGAUCUAUUCGAAUUCGAACGAAUCUUACGUAUUUCGCACAGUUCCACUUUCAUACAACAAUAAUACAUGUACAUGCGCUGUAGGCAUGUUAACAUGUUCGAGAUCACUUAGCUUUUGGAAUUCAAGUAAUAAUACAAUCACUUUUCCGGGUUUCAACGGUGGGUGUUUGCCGAUCUUUGGUCUUCGUGUAUCGACAUUUGAAUGUCUGUAUGAUCAAACAUGUGUGAAUAAGCUUACGGCAUUGAUCGGUUUCUUAACUCCUAUUAUUGUACUUAAUUCAUCUGACAACACUCGAUACCCACCGAAUGCAACAUUAAUCGGUUCGAUAAUGGAUGAUCUCUUUAUCGAAACAUGGUCUAAUUCAUCGAAUUAUUCAAGUUACUUUUAUGAGUGUGCUCCUGCAUCAUGUCAAUAUUCUUAUGUCGAACGAAACGAUAUUGUUUAUAUGCUGACCAUCUUGUUAGCGUUGUAUGGUGGACUGACAAUCUCCAUACGACUGAUCGUUUGGUAUGGACUAGACGCGUUUGUUUGGCUUCUCACUCGAUGUCGUCGAUCGGGUCAAGUGAUUCCAGUCAUUGUCACUGAAUGA